AGCAGGUGUCCAACAUGGCGAUCACAGGCAACGGAUCUCUCGCUACUCUUCUCUUUUUGUUCAUGAUUCCAGCAGCUCUUCAUAAAGUCCAGAGUCAGAACCUGGUGACGGACAAUGUGGCGGUGGUGGAGGGAGACGUGGCCGUCAUCAGCUGCCGGGUGAAGAACAACGACGACUCGGUCAUCCAGCUCCUCAACCCCAACAGACAGACAAUCUAUUUCAGAGACGUCCGACCCCUGAAAGAUGCUCGCUUCCAGCUGGUGAACUUCUCGGACAAUGAGCUGCGGGUGUCUCUGUCCAACGUGACCCUGUCUGACGAGGGGAGAUACGUGUGCCAGCUGUACACAGACCCUCCACAGGAGGCCUAUGCUGACAUCACUGUGCUGAUCCCUCCAGGCAACCCAAUCAUCGAGUCCCGGGAGGGGCAGGUAAUCGAGGGCAAUGAGACAGAGAUGACCUGCACCGCCAUGGGCAGCAAGCCCGCCGCCACCAUCAGAUGGAUGAAGGGAGACAAAGAGCUCCAAGGUAAGUCGAAGGUAGAGGAGACGUACGACACCAUGUUCACCGUGACCAGCCAGCUGACGUUCACCGUCACCAAGGAGGACGACGGUGUGCCCGUGGUGUGCAUCGUGGACCACCCAGCCGUCAAAGAUGUCCAGGCCCAGACGUACCUUGUGGUACAUUAUAAACCAGAGGUGAAGAUUGUAGUGGAGUUUCCUGACGGGCUGCCAAGGGAAGGACAGAACAUGGAGCUGUCAUGCCAGGCCAAAGGCAAACCCCAUCCCCAGCAGAUCAACUGGGUGAAGGUGGACGACGAUCUGCCCUCACACGCCCUCAUCACCGGCCCGGACCUGUACAUCGAGAACCUCAACAAGACCUACAACGGCACCUACCGCUGCUUCGCUGCCAACUCAGUGGGCGAGUCGUAUGACGACUACAUCCUCUAUGUCUAUGAUGCCCCAACCACUACCCCUAUACCCACUACAGCUACUACCACCACUCCCACCACCACAACCAUCUCCCUCCCUGAAGCCACUGCAGACACUACGCCCAGCACUGAACCCGCAGCACACGAUUCCAGAGCUGGAGAGGGAGCACCGAGAGCGGUCGACCAUGCAGUCAUUGGAGGAGUGGUGGCUGUGGUUGUCUUUGCCAUGCUCUGUCUACUCAUCAUUUUGGGACGGUACUUUGCAAGACACAAAGGUACCUACUUCACGCAUGAAGCUAAAGGAGCCGACGAUGCAGCAGAUGCAGACACGGCCAUUAUCAACGCAGAGGGGGGCCACAACAACUCGGACGAGAAGAAGGAGUACUACAUAUAGAAAUCACAGGGCCCCAAUACUGUUUUCUGUGGAACACCACGCUGUCUUUGGGUUGGGGGGAGGGGGGGUUGCUUGGGGUUUGAGAAUUGGUUGGAUUAGGUUGGGUAGGUUGGUUUUAGGGGUGAUUGCCCGGGAUUGAACAAUGUAUUGUCCAGUCUCUGCAGCUGAGGAGGAACGGUUUUGUGUGUAUAAGGUGGAAAGAUGGGGAGGGGAGGUUUUUGGUAAGGGUGGGGGGUUUGGGGGUUGCCAGAAAUCACUGUAGAAGAGAGCGUCACCAUGCGACACCUCCCAAAACUGCUGGUACGAAUUUUGUUUAGUUCAACCAUUUGCAGAAAAUUCUGUGCCUUGUUCUGAAUUUAUUUUCUAUUCAUUCUUUAUUUCCCCCCCCAUCAACAUGCCCUGUUGCUCCCCACCCUCCCUCUUCCACUCUCUUCAUUAUCAUUGUGCUGUUGGCUUUCCUAUGAGGGUAAAAUUACACAGCGGCUCUGUUCAUCUCUCCCACUGUGUUCGCACACACGUCCUCUCCUGCAUACCAAAAGCUCAUAAGAACCCUAUUUCCACUAUACUGUGAGCAGGCCAGGUCUCAACCACCACCUUUCUUUUUUUCCAAACCUUUUGAAAGCUCCAAAACACAUCCAACGCUUUACGUAUCAUAUUCGAAAAAUGAAUAUAAGGAAAAUAUUAUUACCCAUAAAUAACAUUGUGCUCCCUCCCCCCUCUUCAAAACACAAACACACAGAAAUAUAAUCUAAAGGAAGACAGUAGAGGACAAUUGGUCUCGAAAACUGUCCUUGUUUUCUUUGUAUCGGGGCCAAUUCCUCAUCACCGUGGAUCACUUGUAUUCCUUCCUCUGUCUCUUCAAUUUGUUUUUCAAAUUAGAUAUGCCAGCGCAUUUAAAAGAUUGCCACAAUUUGGAAUAAGGAAAGUAGAAGGCACAUUAUUUCACCCUCGCUAUGCUGAACUUAGAGGUAUUUUCAAUUCAUUAUUUUCACCUUUUAUUCUCUGUACAAUUAUGUUUUUGUUCUGUUCCACUGAAUGGAACCGCAAUCGCCCGGCAGGCAUUUCUUUUUUUGUGAUGACAUUUUUGGGUUUUACAUCCUCUCUCAUUCAGAUUUUUGAAUCUGACAAAAAUAAUUUGUUUUUAAUGGUUUCUUUGGUGUUGUACUCACCCUUUGUCUCUAAAUCAAGAUGCCUCAGUUUAGCCAAGCUGUAAUAUAGUUAGGGGGAAAAACAAACUAUGUAAUACUGAUAGGAUUCAUUUCAAUGCGAAAUGACCGGAAGACAUCUCCAAACUAUAAUGUUGAUUAUCAAAGAUGAAUAUUCUCAUUAUAAGAGAGAUAUCAAUCUAGGUUGUGAGGUACUUACUGCAAUCAACAUUAAUAAAGUGAUACUACCUUCAUCUUGGUAUAUACUGAACAGGUAAAUCACACAUUUAGUUGUAUUUUUCCAGCUUUGUGUGUAAAAUUAGAACUAGAGCUGUAAAAGGGUUAUAGGAUUUUGAAGGAGAUGGUGAUAAAUAGGGGAUACAUAGCUUCUGAGCAAAGAACAUACAAUCAUUGUAUCUAAGACAUUUUUACAAAGGAUAUGAUUUCAAGACAAAACAGUUCAGUAGUUUCAACAAUAUACAAACUAUGUCCAGCCAAUAAAUUUACACCAAUGUAUUAUACAUCAACACGUGCCAGGAAAUAUUUUUUACAUCCUAGUGGAAUUUCAUGACAGAAUAAUUUUGUGGUUUUUAUGAUUAUCACAAGCUGUUUGUUGUGAGUUUUGUCACUCCAUACUGUGAAACACUCCUGAAUGGGUGAUGACAGUUGAGGAGCGUGUGUGUCACUAGGAAUUACCACUGGAGACGGCCUUAUGCCACUACCAUCACACCUCAGCCUCUGAACUGUACAUGGUCUUGUCAUGAUGCAACAAUUUUCACUUGCCAAAACAGUCAGUCAACACCACAUUACAUGUAUGUGAGUGUGCACCAUUUCUAUUUUCUUUCUUUGUGAAUGACCUGCCUAAGCUUUAAGAUGAGACCAUGUUGAAAGGGCCAGUGGGGGAGAAUUGGGGAAUGCCAAAAGUCAUUUUUUGUUAUCUAUUACUUUUCAUUUCAUUUCUACAUCACCACAGUCAGCAUUGCUGUUCAAUUUAGUUACUGUCCUGCUGAGGUGGUUGAUAUGACAAUGAGGUUGAAGAGGUGAAGUUGCUUUCAUGUUUGAUUUGACAUAUAUUCCAAAUAUGAUAUCUUGGAAAAGGAGCUAUCACUGAUUUAACACUGUACCACGACGACAAUGCUGUUUGUUUAUCAGGACAGCGGUGGCUUCCUGACUCGUUUAAAUGCUUCAUUUUAGACUGUGACAUCAUAUGAAACAUUUUGGAUUCCCUCUGUUGUUUAAACGGAACAAACAACAGAGAGAAUGUUACCAUCGUUUAGAUUGAGGUUGUGUGACUUGUAUUUAACAUUGAGCAUUAUUUCGCUUCGGUAAAAAGUGUGGUGGCUUCCAUUCAAAACUGGACCUAAAAAAGUAUGUUCUUACCAAGUGAACACAUCUAUUCACUCUCUGUAGGUGGAGAUUUUAUUAAAUGUACUCACCGCUG